GCCUGCUUAGUCGAGCCCGCUCGGGCAGCAUUGGGUGGGCCUUCGCGAACGCGCGUGUACGGCUUCUUCUAGGGAAGGUUCCGGAGCUUAGGCGCGUUCGCGGCUUUGGUUAAGCGCGUUCUUCUUCGGUCGCUCCUUCUCUCCUGUCACUCCCCCUCCUCCCGGCUCUAGUGAGCGAGACUUUCCAGCGAGCUCUCCCUGCAGCAGAGUUAGCAGCCGCAGCACCAGGUGACCUUUCUGAUAGGAUGGCUGAUCAACAUCAGGACUUCAGUAUGACAGAUGAUCAUUUGGUGAGCCAAGCUAGGUGGAAUCCAACAGGGGCUCCCCUCCAUAUACCAGUUGAUGAUGGAUCUGAUGAACCAGGGUCUGAAGCUUCUGAUGCUAAAAGUACCCCAACUGUGGAAGCUGAGGAAGCAGGCAUAGUUUGUACUCCUAACCAUGAAGACCAUGCUUCGGGGGAUGCUCAAGCUCACAUUGACAGCAGAGAUAAAAAUGAAAUUGGGAUUGAAGAGACAAAACCAAAGACAUCUAUACCUUCCUCUGUCAAAAUCCCACAAGGUAGAUCUUCCAUUACCCCCAAACGCAAUUCCUCUAUUAGUUCUAUCCCUUUGAAAAAACCCUCCAAUCCUUCCAAGUCCUCAUCAUCUACCCCUAAAUGCACCUCUUCUAUCGCAUCCCGAUCAACCAGUACAGGAAUAAAAGGAAAAAACAGCAAGGGUCCAGAUAUGAAAAGUGCAUCGAAGAUAGCAACUCCACGCUCUGCUGCGGCCCAGAAUCAGAAGAGCCCAGCCAGUGCAUCUCGAAUCCCUUCCAAAACUCCCACUGUUCCUAAAACACCACCAAGCCUCACUGCUAAGAAGGAGCAGAGAAGGCCCCCUAGCACAGCAGCAAAAUCUGAGAGAGGUGAACCAACCAAGUCUGGAGAGAGAAGUGGAUACAGCAGUCCUGGAUCUCCAGGAACCCCUGGUAGUCGCUCUCGCACACCAUCCUUGCCAACUCCACCAAACAGGGAGCCCAAGAAGGUUGCAGUGGUUCGUACACCACCUAAAUCCCCUUCUUCUGCCAAGAGCCGCCUGCAGACAGCUCCGGUCCCCAUGCCAGACCUGAAGAAUAUCAAGUCCAAAAUUGGUUCCACUGACAACUUAAAGCAUCAACCUGGAGGUGGAAAGGUGCAGGUGGUUAAUAAGAAGCUGAACUUUAGCCAUGUCCAAUCCAGGUGUGGAUCAAAGGAUAAUAUCAAACAUAUUCCAGGAGGAGGCAGUAUACAAAUUGUAUACAAGCCAGUGGAUCUUAGCCAUGUAACGUCCAAAUGUGGGUCUCUGGAUAACAUUCAUCACAAACCAGGCGGUGGACUGGUAGAGGUGAAAUCUGAGAAACUGGAUUUCAAAGAUAAAGUGCAAUCAAAAAUUGGGUCAUUAGAUAACAUUACCCAUAUUCCUGGAGGAGGAAAUAAGAAGAGAGAGAAGGGCAAGGAAGACAAGAACCGUGUACAAAACUGCCCCAAUAAGGCUGGGCUUCCUUCCCCCAUCACGGAGCCCUCCAUCCCUGAGGAGAGCCCACUCCCCGACUUGCACCCAUGUGAUAUUGAGAGCCACAAGUUGACCUUUCGUGAGAACGCCAAAGCCAAGACUGAUCAUGGAGCUGAAAUUGUCUACAAAUCACCCACUGUUUCUGGAGAUGCUUCUCCACGUCGUCUUAGCAAUGUCUCUUCGACUGGAAGCAUCAACAUGGUGGACUCCCCUCAACUGGCCACAUUGGCCGAUGAAGUUUCUGCUUCUCUGGCCAAGCAAGGCUUGUGAUUGUAUUGUAGUAGUUGGAGAUAAUAAGAGAAAAAUUAACUCUGGCCUUUUUUUCUGUUUUUUUCCCCGCCCCCCAUCUACAUCCCUCAUCAUUCCUAUUUAUUUUAAAUUAAUAUCAAUGCUAAUCUGUUCCCUCUCCUUCCUUUAGUUAAACAGUCAUCUGUGGUCUCAGGAUUUCAUAAUAGUUAACAACUUGGAAGCAAAGAUUUCCAUCCUAUAUGGAAUAAGCUGUUUAAAAAGUCUCCCAUCACUUCACCUCACCUCAAACAAAAAGAAAUGAAAUUGAAUACACAUAAAUUUGUGAUGUUUGAAAUCUCACUUAGGGAUGUAAAAUGAGAUCUUCUGCUGUACAUGCUCAUUAUUGGCCAAGUUUUUUCCAUUGAAAUUUAAGGCAUAGAAGCCUUGUGACCACCUUAACAAUCAUGGCUGCUGAUUUAGUAUAAAAGUUAACGCAGCUCCAGAGAUUUACAGUGUACAAGCAGACCUUCUACUUCAAAUGUCUCUCCUGCUAGAGCUGGAAUGCUAGGCUUUAAUAUUUGAAGUAUAUUUCUUCCUUUGAAGGAGGAAUUUUGAUAUAGGAAAGAGAACUUUUGAAAGGACUGUUAUGUUACAUAUGCAUCCAUUCUUUUUUGGUACUGAAAAUUUUUGUGAACCAGGUUUAAGUUCAAGAUAAAACUGCAUGCUUUGGAUAAUUAAGACAUAAGCCAAAACUGCCUUGAAAGCCUGCAGAAUGCCAGUUCUCUUUAAUUGAAAUAAUGUAUUUUAAAGGCGAUAGCUUAUGUUUUUUGUUUGUACCUAAAAUUAACCUUUGACUUUAGACUGUAUAGUCAUACCUACUAAAACAAUCCGACUUAAUUUCUUAUAUGCUAAGUUCUUUUAAUUUAAUGGAUCAGUUACGUUUCUCUUUUACAAAUAGUAACUAUUGCCUCUCUUUUACCCAUCUCACCAUCAAUCUCCAUGAUUUUGUCACACCAUAAAAAUUUUGUCCAGAGUUGCUGGGGAAGAAGCAAAUUUGCCUUUGUGUUCAGCCCAAUUGGCCUGGUUGUUCCAAUGUUUUUUGUAAAUGUAGAAAUUUGUGAGAUAGAGGUAUGGCUCUAGGCAUAUUUAAAAAUAAAGGAAUUGAUGUACUUAUUUAUGGUGCAUGCAGGUGUUUUUUAGGAAGGACAAUUGCGUGAAAGAACACCAGUUCAGCAGACGUGGGAACGUGUAUUUUGACCUAUAUCUCAUACAUACUUUAGAGUACAUGUUUAUGUAAUAUUUGUGUAUUUGAAAGAAGCAUCACACAUCAGAAAUUAUAGCCAGAAGCAAGUACACUCCUUUCAAUAGUUACUAUUCAGUUACUAGUUGUGCAUUAUUCAGGAGAAUCUUUAGCACGUCAGAAGUUGCAGAAUUACGAUUUGCACUCAACCAUAUGAGUCUAAUCAUCAAGCUAUUAGGGAUGCUGGGAGUUGUAAUUCAGGAACAGCAGAAUUGUCAUAAGAACGAACUGUAAGAAUGAGGGAUGUUAAGCUCACUCACUGCAAUGCAGCAAGCACUGCUAAAAAAGAUAUUUGAUUUCUGAAGAUCUGUGGACUUUAAUGAUCCACUGUGAAGAAACAUAAUUUUCAUGAGGCAAGUUGCAUGAAAGCACCAAUUUCACAAGCUUUAACCGCACAUGCUGCUUGCUGUCCGCAGAAAUUUUUCUAUGCUAAGGGGAUAUAUUUGAUGUUCCACAAAAAUAUUACUGGAUUACAACCCCCAUCUUCUUGUAUUACCUGUCAUAGUGGCUUUGAGUAAAUUUAGAGUCUGACAAUAUUUAGAACCUAAUGAUUUUCUCCAGUAAGUGUACUGUAAAUGAAAAGGCUGUUCUCUUUCAUCUUCCAUUUUUAAAUUUCAAAACAAGAAUAUUCCUCCAAGCAUCUAUGUUAUAUGAAAUAUAUUUGCAAAGGGAAACAAAUUAGACUAAGUAGAAAUUGUGAGUAACUGGUUUAUCCCUUUCUACCAGAUUUAGCCACUUGAAAUUCAGACAUUUUUUUUAGAAUGAUUUGAUGGAAAUUUCAAAGGAACAUAAAAAUAAGGAAUCUUAUAGGCAGAGUAGAACAAGAAAGACUGUUGGAUCAAUUAUAGUGGAGUGCUUUAAGAGUACCCAAGAACAUCUAGUUGAUUUUACAGAUACAUCAUUCUUUCCACAAUAACUGGAGCUUGCAGUAUGUACAAUCAUUAUGGUGUUCAUCGCUAUUGAAUUGUUUUCUUGGUUGCUCUUCUACACUCAGCAAUGAGAGAAAACUUCCUUGGUUAUCAUCCCUUUCCAACCUAAUUCAUGGUAUCCCUUUGGACUGUUAAUAAAAAUGCCAGCUUUGUAUCCUUUCUAGGUUGAGCCAACAGUCAUAAAGAGAUUGAUUUUCCUCUGCAUGCUGUAGUUUCAUGCAUGUGAUCAAAGAUAACUCUGGUCUGCAUGUGUUUGGUUGACAGCAAAAAAUUGAAAAUGAUCAAAGCUGAAAGGGCUUUUAAGAAAACUGGUUUGCUCUGGAAGCAAUCUUUUUAAAUGUUAAUCUGAUUUCAAGUCUCUAAUUUUGAAAUUACCAAAAUCAGGAUGCCUUAGUAGGUAACAGAUAGAGCAUCCAUGGUAAAAAGAAACAUUUUUGUUUCAAAGCCAAUUAAAAAAGCCCCGGCUAUUAUCAUUUGCUUUAUGAUCCUUAAUACCUAUCAUAUUCUGGGGGAGGGGGAAUGGUUACAGGAGCAGCACCAGGUUGAACAAAUCACACAAGUUGACAAUUCUUGAUCAGCAGCAUUGCUCUUUUGAUUUGCUGUAAAACAUGUUCAUUUGUGGUACCGCCAUCUUUUUUCAGUACCAAGAUAAAGGUCAAGGGGUCACUUGCUCCAUCAGUUCAAAGGAAGGCUGCAGUCUCCUCUUUUUUAUAUGCUAAUCAAUCAUCUGGAUCAUGUGAAGAAAGUUUUGACAAGCAGAACUUAUGGGAUAUGAAGGGGAGAAUGGUUGGACAGAGUAAUGGAUAGCUUCUAAUGCUAAGGAGGUAUUUUACUCCAAGAUAGCGCUCAAGUGGAAGAUUUUGCAGAGGAUUCAUCUGUACAUCAGCAGUCACUUUCCAGUCAUUUAUAAGCCUGUUGUUACCUCUGUAGUUAAGUUAGGAUGGUAGGUUUAUUCUUUUUUAAAUCUAAAAAUAAUUGAAUAGGAAAAUCCUUUCACUGCGAAGCUAUACACUAUGCCAUUGUGAUUUCUUUUUGCUUGUUUUUUCAGGACUUUGGGCUGGAAAACCUUACACUAUCCUUAGCAGCUACUGUAGUAGCAUAAGCCUAAAAAAACACCCCCACAUUUCUUCAGCAUUGAACAGUGAAGAGCAAUCAUAGACUACUUCUAGAAAGAGUAUUGGUCCUCAAGUCCUUUUUCAGAAAAUUAUGCCUCAACUCCAUUCACAUUUUUACUAGUGCUUAUAUCCUCCUCUUUCCCAAGCAUUGCACAUAUUUAAGUGUUUUGAAUUCUUUCACCUACCCUCUUAGCUAUAGCCAUUUCCUUUGAUCAUAGGUCCCAUUUCCCAACUGUAUUUUGAUUGAUUUUGUGUCCUUCUAGGAUUCAGACGUUUCCCCCCCCCAGAUGGCGAAGACCCAUGGUGGUUCCAGACCAAAGCCAUCUUAAACUGACUGGCUUAUAUCUUGUCUUGGUAUAUAUACAUAUCUAGGGUUUAAACGUGUUAAAAAACAUGACAUUGAUUUUGAAGUUCACAAAAUGGGGCUUUAUUACAUAAAUUUGCAAGUAUAAAAAAGGGACAAUGACGUUUGGAAAAAAAACCAUCAUUCCCUUUUAAGUUUUUCAGAGAUGGGGAAACCGGGAGGGGGUGGGAAGGGCAUGAGAUCUCCGUAUGGUCAUCCUAGCUUAGCUACUUGUCUGUAACUGUCCAUGUUGUAUUUGUGUGUUUUAACAACUGGUUUACAUUGACUGUUGCUGUAAAAGUGAAUUUGGAAAUAAAAAUUCAUUACUACAAUAUUAAAUGUAUUGUCUUUGUUGAAGAAAACUUCCCAGACAGAAGCAAGGGCAAAUGUCUUCCAAACUGCCAUUAAAAAAAGUUUGCAGGCUCAAUGUAAUUAUCAGAAUUAAGCCUGAACGUUUUUAUUGAAAAGAUGGGAUGAUGCUCACACCAGGCUGAUUAAGGCAACUGUGAUUGUCUUUGCACCUUCCAUCUCUUGCAGCAUUAACUUUCCCAUUCCAUAAAUGGCAUUCUCUUUUAUUCAACAGCUUUGCCUAUCAUAAAAAGUAAAAUUCUCAAAAUCUUGGCUAAAUCACCUGUCUGAAAAAGAUACUAUUUCUUUCAAAUAGCCUCAAUAGUUCAUAAAAAUCAAUUUAAAGAUUUUACAAUCCAAAAAUGAAAACCACUCUGUUCUCUGUUGAAAUAGUUUCCGUAAUUCUCUAAAUGCCUUAUUCCCCAUAUUAUUCCCCAAUAAAUUAUAGCACUUUCCUUAACUUUUAAAUUUUUUUAAUUUUUUUUUAUAAGCACACAUUGGUGCUUUGGCCAACAGAAUCAAGACAUUAAACAAAGAUCAGCUUCUCUGAAGAAAAGCAUUUCUAUAUAACAAGGACAUUACACAGCUUGAAGCAGGAAAAGAAAUAUUUACAAAAUACAAGGUGGGUUUUAUUUUUCUUUUUUGUAGAUUUUUUUUUCCUUUUUAACGCUAAGAUGGUUCUUCAGAAUUUUCAACUUUAUAAAUAGAAAAAGCACUUAAUGCAGAGGGAUAUAGUAGCAUUGGGUUUUUCCUUUAAAAAAAAAAACUAGAACAGAACCAAAAACUUUAGGCAAUGUUGAAAAUUGUGAAAAAACCCCAACCAUUAAGCAGUUUAGCUACUAUUUUAUUACGGUUACAAAAUGAGAAAAAAGUUUUUCCUUUUUUGGUGAUGUGAUUAAUACAGAAGACAGGUGCAAUGCUAAACAACAGGACAGGGACCAACAGCCACACCGCUAAGGUCAGGAAAACAUUACAAUGAAUUGGUGUGCAAAAUAUGGGAGUGAUCAGGGAUGUGAAAUGAGGACAGUAGCUUUAAAUUAAAUAAAAAUAAAUUCAGAUCUGUUCAACUUGACAAAAAUCAGCCCAAGCCAUUUUUAGGGCGGGCAGAGGCGGG